CCGGGAGAGGCGAGUCGUUUAUCUGCUCAGAAUGAGGAGAGUCUGGGCAGUCUCAUCCAGGAGACGGAGACGUUCCUGAAAACGCGAGACAAGGAGUACCAGGAGACCAUCGACCAGAUCGAGCUGGAACUGGCGACGGCAAAAAGCGACAUGAACCGACAUCUCCACGAAUACAUGGAAAUGUGCAGCAUGAAGAGGGGCCUGGAUGUCCAGAUGGAGACGUGUCGCAGACUUAUAAAGGGAUCGGUUGGCAGAAAUUCUCCGUCCACAAGUUCCGUGGCCAGCAGCGACUCAGGGAACUCCGACGAGAUGCAGGACGAGUUCGAUAAGGACGGAGACGGAGACAGCGCCAUCAGUUGA